CUGAUGGAUUUUACCCGGAUACCGAGGAUCAUCUUACACCGGAUAGAUCUCCCACAGUGCUGGGUGUGUAAAGAGGAGGAGGUUCUGAUUGAAUUCACAGAUUGUUCCAAGGAGGAGAACUCCAUUUUAGAACAAGAGGAACCAGAAGCUCUGAAGAUAAAACAAGAGCAAGAGUUCAAAGAGGAAGAGAAGCAACUCUGCAUCAGUCAGGAUGAAGAGCAGCUUGUGCUGAAACAGGAGACUGAUGACAUUUUGGUGAAUCCUCCUAAUGUGCAAAGAAUCCACAAUGAAACAGAACCACAGAGGAACCAACUCAUCUCUCAUGACUCUGCUGAGGAUGAGAACCAGGAUCAGGAAGGAAGCAAUUCUGGAGAUCCAGGAAAAAAGAGAGACAAAGAACAGAAACAAAAAGAGAGAUGUCAGAAAACCACAAAUUCUAAAAGUAAAACUGACAGUUCAAAGCAAAAAACACACAAGGAAACUCAACAACACCAAAAAUUAUAUUCUUGUAAAAUUUGUGAUAAAACCUUUUCUCAAAGCAGAUACCUGACAAAACACAUGAGAAUUCAUUCGGGUAAGAAGCCUUUCACAUGUUCAAUCUGUGGUAAAAGUUACAUUCAGAAGGUCAGUUUAAUUUAUCACAUGAGAAUUCACACAGGUGAAAAACCGUUUACAUGUUCAACCUGUGGAAAAAAUUUUCCUGAAAAAAGUACUUUGAAUGUUCACAUAAGGACCCACACAGGUGAGGAGAUGUUUUCAUGCAUUAAUUGUGGGAGAAAUUUCAGUAGGCAAUCAGCUUUAAACAAUCAUAUGAAAAUUCACACGGGCGAGAAACCUUACUCGUGUGUCACCUGUGAAAAAAGGUUCAUGAGUAGACCCAGAUUAAAUCUCCACAUGAUGAUUCACACUGGAGAGAAGCCUUUCUUAUGUGGCACCUGUGGAAAAGGUUUCCGAUUCAAAUCUAAGUUACUUUGUCACAUGAGAAUUCACACAGGUGAGAAGCCUUUCUCGUGUGUGACCUGUGGAAAAAGUUUCGCUGUGAAAGAUAAUUUAGAUCAACACAUUAGAUGUCACACAGGCGAGAGGCCUUUCUCAUGUGCUAUCUGUGGUAAAAGUUUUACUAACAGAUCUGGUAUAACUUGUCACAUCAGAACUCACACAGGUGAGAAGCCUUUCACAUGUGUGACCUGUGGAAAACGUUUUGCCCAAAGAACUGUUUUAACUUAUCACAUCAGAACUCACACAGGUGAGAAGCCUUUCUCUUGUGUGACUUGUGGAAAGAGCUACCCAUCCAAAUCUCAGUUAAAUUGUCAUAGGAGGAGUCACACGACUGAGAGGCGUUUCUCAUGUGGGAGCUGUGAAAAGAAAUUCUUCACUAAAAUAGUUUUAGCCACUCACAUGAGGACUCACAAAGGUGAAAAGCCUUUCUCAUGUGUGACCUGUGCAAAAAGCUACAGAGCCAAGUCUCAUUUAAAACGUCACAUGAUGAUUCACACAGGUGAGAAGCCUUUCCCAUGUGAGACGUGUAGAAAAAGUUUUCGAAGCAAAUUUGAGUUACUGAGUCACAUGAAGAUUCACACAGGUGAGAAGCCUUUCUUGUGUGAGACCUGUGGAAAAAGUUUCCCUGUAAAAGUUUGUUUAGAUCAACAUGUCAGAGGUCACACAGGUGAGAGGCCUUUCACGUGUAUUACCUGUGGAAAGAGUUACAUUGCAAGAAGCAGUUUAGUUUAUCACAUGAGGAUUCACACAGGUGAAAAGCCUUUCUCUUGUGUGACCUGUGGAAAAAGUUUUCGGUGCAAACCUCAGUUAACUAGUCAUAUGGUGGCUCACAUGAGUGAGAAACCUUUCUCAUGCACGAGUUGUGAAAAAAGUUUUUUAAAUAAAAUUAGUUUAACGUCUCACAUGAGGACUCACACAGGUGAAAACCCCUUUUCUUGUGUGAAUUGUGGAAAAAGCUAUCAAAGCAGAACUAAUUUAAAUCGUCACAUGAGAACUCAUACAGGUGAAAAACCUUUUUCUUGUCUGACUUGUGGAAAAAGCUUCCAUAGCAAAUUUAGUUUAAAUCGUCACAUGACGAUUCACAAGUGAGGAGCCUUUCUCAUAUGUGACCUGUGGAAAAAGUUUCACUCAUAAAAUGAAGCUUAACUGUUCAUAUAAGAACGGCAUAAUGUGAACUUUUCCAUGACAUUUUUUUUAUUUGAAGUGAGCUAUUAAUCCAGUGUUUUAAGAUUUUUUAUGUAUUUUUAAAAGUGAUAUUUGUAGUGUCUUAAAGGAAUAAUGCAUUUGAAUAUUUUUAGUUUUCCAUAAAUAUUUUUGGAGUCCUUGCGUGUUGAUCCUUUGUUGUAUUUAUACUUGUAGUUUCAUUAUUUUGGUUAGUGGUUAGCCGUUACUGUGUGAACUGGUAGAGUCUCAAAUGAAUUUUGCUUUGGGAAUAAUAUUUUCUGAAUUUUAAUUUAAAUAUGCAUUAUUAUACAUUGAAUGUAGACGUACAGUAUCUCAGCAAUCUAUGACAAAGACUACACUAAAAGCAUGAAGAUACGGUGUUAUACGUUGUGGAGCAAAAGUCUAAUAAACAGAAAAAAUAACAACCGUUAAA